UGAGCUAUUGUCAUUCUUUUUUUAUUAGGUUUCUAAAUCAGCUAAGCAAGCGGCAGACUUCUCUUUCACAGGAGUGUAGUGUUAGGGUCUCUAUUUAUGGCGGCUGGAAGAUACGGAAGCUAUCGAGAUGACCAAUUCAAGGAGCGAGAAUCCGAUUUUCCUGUCAGGAAGCGGGAUUUUUCUCUUUCAACAAGUAGUGAGUACGAUGGGAGUAGACAUAGUCAACGCGGAUACAUUAAUGGUCGGGCUCCAAAGAGGAAGAUGGAAGAUGGGGUUGUUAGGCAGAAGGAUAUUAAAGAGAGGCACCAAGGGUAUCGCUCCUCAUCAAGCAGGAGCGACUCCGGUGGACAUAGAAGUAGCAGCAGCAGCAACAGCAAUGGAGGUGGUGGCGAUUCUAGUAGGCAAGACGGCCACCCUGUAGUAGGAGUGUUGGAUCGAGAACCUGGUGAAUUGUCUAGUGAAAGUGGUUCUGAUGAGGCUACUACUACUAAUUCAGAAUCGCAGCAGGUUAAAACCAAGGAACCUCCAAAGAGAGAGAACCACCGGAGUAAGCCGCCUCUGCCUGUGGGGAGGACUAACAAAAGGAAGUUUUCUCCCAUUGUCUGGGAUAUAGAUGACAAGGAGGUACUCAAUCCAUUGAAGAAGAAGAGUAGGGCUCCUCCUCCUCCUGCUAUUAUUACGUUCUCACUGCUUCCCGAAUCUAUUGUCCAAUCGCCUCAACAUAUUCUGGACAAAGCUGUAGAUAUUUCUCCUAAAAGAGAGACAACUAAUUCAGGUUAUCUGUCUGACAACCCACAAUCAGUAGAGCUACUAGAAUCACGAGCCACUGCUGCCUCCAUGUCUCCAUUGAACUUCCCAUCUUCUCCAGUUCAGGAGCAGCGUCUGGGCAACUACAUAUCAAAACCACUGGAGGAGGAUGAUUAUGUUCCAACCAGGAAUAUAUCCGCCUCCCGAUGGGCAGGGGAUGCCAAUUCCCCAGCUUCCCCAGCGGAUGAAAUUGAAAUUUUGCAAGAGGAAAUGUGUGCGAGGAGGAAGAUGCAAUUUCUGGAGUCUGUUACAUUAAAUAGUCAUCGGAAAUCAUUGACCCCUGAGCUCCGGGAGUUUGAGGUAGGUUCUGAAGUAGAUAAAACAAGACCAUCUGGAUCCGUUGAAAGAAGAUACCAUGUCAGAUCUUUUGGUAGAGAUGAUGAUCACCCUGACUCUGACUUUCAUAGAAACGAUUACAUGGACAUAGAUGAGGGACAUGUGAGAAGUGGAAUUAGCGCUAGCGAGUCGGACACUGAGUCUGAUGAAAUGAAGCGUUCAAAACCUACAUCAGAACCUCAUGCCCCACCACAAAGAAUGGUAGAUAUGCUUCAAGGGUGUAGAAGUGUUGAUGAAUUUGAGAGAUUGAAUAAGAUAGAUGAAGGGACUUAUGGUGUAGUUUAUAGAGCCAAAGAUAAGAAAACUGGAGAAAUUGUUGCACUGAAAAAGGUCAAGAUGGAAAAAGAAAGGGAAGGUUUUCCUUUGACUUCUCUGAGGGAAAUCAACAUUUUACUUUCUUUUCAUCAUCCAUCGAUUGUGGAUGUCAAAGAAGUUGUGGUUGGAAGCAGCCUUGAUAGUAUUUUUAUGGUAAUGGAAUACAUGGAACAUGAUCUAAAGGCUUUGAUGGAGACGAUGAAGCAACCGUAUAGCCAAAGUGAAGUUAAGUGUCUGAUGCUCCAGCUGUUAGAGGGUGUCAAAUAUCUUCAUGACAAUUGGGUCCUUCAUCGUGAUCUCAAGACAUCCAAUCUGCUUUUAAACAAUAAAGGUGACUUGAAAAUCUGUGAUUUUGGCUUGGCUCGUCAGUAUGGAAUCCCAUUGAAGCCGUAUACACAUCUGGUAGUAACCUUGUGGUAUAGAGCACCUGAACUUUUACUGGGAACAAAACAGUAUUCAACAGCAAUUGACAUGUGGUCAUUAGGUUGCAUUAUGGCUGAACUGUUGUCAAAAGAGCCGUUGUUCAAUGGGAAAACUGAAGUUGAUCAAAUUGACAAGAUUUUCAGAUCUCUUGGUACGCCUAAUGACACAAUAUGGCCCGGCUUCUCUAAGUUUCCUGGUGUGAGGGCGAACUUUGUUAAGCAUCAGUAUAACCUAUUACGCAAAAAAUUUCCAGCUACAUCUUUCACUGGAUCACCAGUUCUCUCUGAUGCUGGUUUUGAUUUGCUGAAUAACCUUCUCACUUAUGACCCUGAGAAGAGGAUUUCAGCUGAAGCUGCCCUCAACCAUGAAUGGUUCAGUGAAGUUCCCCUCCCAAAGUCCAAGGAAUUCAUGCCUACUUUUCCAGCAAGACAUGCACAAGAUAGGCGGUUGCGGAGGAUAAUGAAGAUUCCUGAUCCUUUGGAAGAGCAGCGGCGCAAGGAGUUGCAAGAAACAGAACUAGGGACUGGUGGUCUAUUUGGCUGAGAAGGCAAAUUUAGGGUUUUGUUCUCCUUGUUUUGCUUUAUUGCCUUAUUAAUUUGACUUGUUUGUUGGUCGAGGUGAGAGCUGUCCACUGAAAGGAAGAAGUGCAAUUGUUUGUCAAGCCAUUCACGCUAUUUUGUGGCCGGUAAUCUUGAUAAACUUGGUGAAGUGAAAUCUUUUUGCCACUACAUUUCAAGCCAGCCUUUCCAUUAAUAUAGAAAUCCAUCUAUGACUCUUCUUGUACUGCAAGGUGUGGCACAUUGGCUUUACAUCUAUGAAGCAACUUGCCUAUGUAACAUAUUUUAUAUGGAACAUUGUAACAUUUUGUUUUGUUGAAAUAUUCAGAAUUUGGUUUAAA